AUGGCAGACGCUGUAAUACAACUAACAGGUCCUUUGGUACUAGGGUAUCAGUUUAAUUGGGGCCUCUAUGGUGUUUUGGCAACUCAGCUUUUCAUUGUAAUGAGUGAUUUGGCUGGAAAGCCGCAUGGCGUUGAAAUCGAUUGCAAUGUCAAGUCGCCAUACAUCAUCCGGUCCAACCCUGCCCUUGUGCGGGAGAUAUUUGGUGACGAACAAGAGACCACCAAGCAAAGUGUGCUAGCCGCUGCCAAAUGGCGAUCGAUGAUGGGGCCUGACAUGGGUAAAGGGCGCUUGGGUGGAACCGAGAGGUGGCAUGCUGGUUGGGCGCUAUGGGUAUCCCGCAGGCAUUUGGCAGUGGUCUAG